AUGCAAGCCACAAUCAAAGACAUUACCACAAAGAAGGUUGUUGCGACAUGCUUGGAUGAUGGAACGGAUUACAAUCUUGACGUCGAUAAACUUAUCGGUGGUGAUUGGAAGCAUCAACCAAAAGCAAAGGUGCAGGAACCAGUGAAGGAUCCCCAUGCAUGGAAAGAUCUCAUGGACGUGAGUGUAAUCAAAGCCACUGUCGUUCAACGGUUGCAACGCGCAUUGAAUCAGCACCGGGAUCAAAACAAGAACUUGGAACUCUUUCAGAAGCCAAAGGGGGUGACUGCUGCAGCAGACAUCGCCAAGGACAAAUGCGUGUUGAUUCCUUUGACAAACAAGGUUGAGGUUGUGAAAAAGGCAGAGGCCAAGGCACCGACAGCAUCGGCUAUCCAAUUGGAAGUUGAAGAGCAUGAUGGGCAAGAGUUCAAUGUUACUUUGCAGCCUCCCGGAGUUCAUGUACCAUUUUGGCUGAUGAAGGUCACGAGUGAGCGAGAUGAUGCGAACAUGGUUUUGGUGAAGCAUGAUAAAAUUGUGGUUGCCAGGAACCCUGGCAAAAUUGAGGCUGGGGAAAACCUCAUUUUGUAUCGUCCUGAGAUUGCUAAGAAGGCGCCCGAGCCCUUAGAGCUUGCAUCUUUGCACCCUGUCAAGCGAAUGAAGAAGAGCACAUCAUAA